AAAUAGCCAGCAUGUGUUGAAUUUUUGACAAUUAACAAUGAAUGCAGUGUUACGUCAUAAUAGGUUUGGUUACGUGAUAAAGAAGCUUGCAUCGCGAUGCUACGGAAGUUUAGAUUUCGAUCAAUUCGAAGACGUCGCGAAUAAAACGACUAUGACGUUGACAUCGGGCGAUAGUGACGUUGACCCAUUGUUAAUCACUGGAUUGUACAAAGGCGGUUUCGCGUUCCAAGCGACGACGUUGCAUUGUCCUGUAACAAUCGUCCGUGACGUCAUAUUCAAGUGGAACGUGACGUCACCGGAGGAAGUGACGUCAGAGAGCUUAUCAAUUUUCCACAUGAUUUAUCCCAAGAUUGACAUGGUUGUCAUAGGAACCGGUGACGUAGUUGCUCCUUUGCGCCCUCAUGUGGUGGAAGAUAUGAGAAAGCUCGGCAUUGGGUGUGAGGUCCAAUCAACGAGAAACGCAGCCGGAACGUUCAAUCUCUUGAGGUCCGAAAGGAGGAUGCUAGUCGCUGCAGCCUUGAUACCGCUGUCUUUGGACGAUAACGAAACUUUGUUUCUACCAAAACAUAAACGAUACCAGAUCGAAUAAUUAAUUUAUUAUCUUUAUAUUAUCUUUAUUUGGUCAUCAUUAUUAUUGUCCCACUAUAGCUGGUGAUCUGUUAUCAGUGAGCCAUAAGGAAGAUUUUGUGACCCGAAUUAUCGCCACCUAAAUAGUGGUUUCUUUAUUAUGACAAUAUUAUUAUUUAUUUCUUGUUUUUUU